CAACCGCGUCCGCCGGCGCUUCAAGGGCCAGAUCCUGAUGCCCAACAUCGGCUACGGCAGCAGCAGGAAGACGAAGCACAUGCUGCCCACGGGCUUCAGGAAGUUCCUGGUCCACAACGUCAAAGAGCUGGAGGUGCUCAUGAUGAGCAACAAGUCCUUCUGUGCAGAGAUCGCUCACAACGUCUCCUCCAAGAACAGGAAGGUGAUCGUGGAGAGAGCUGCCCAGCUGGCCAUCAAGAUCACCAACCCCAACGCCAGACUGCGCAGCGAGGAGAACGAGUAAACCAACCUCUGCAUCCCAGAUGUAUUUAAUAAAGUGGAAAAA